GUCUUGAAGAGAAGAUACUUUUCUGGCUUUUCACGCUUCAAUAUCCGCCACAAGGAACGGAGCUGGCCCGCACUCCGACGUUGUUGUGAUGUUUUCUGUUAAUAGACAACGCACAUACACAUACACAUACAUUCCUUUUACACCACCAUAAUCAUCAUGAGUCUGUUGACGACCGAGGAGGUGCGUCGGCUGAGUCAGAAGCCGGCGAACAUCCGCAACUUCUGCAUGGUGGCGCACGUGGACCACGGCAAGACCACCCUGAGCGACUACUUAGUGGCCAGCAAUGGCAUCCUCUCUCCCCAGCUCGCCGGCGAGGUGCGGCUGCUCGACUCUCGGCCAGAUGAGCAGGAGCGCUGCAUCACCAUGAAGGCCAGCUCCAUCGCCCUAAGCCACAGCUACGAGAGCAGCAACUACGUUUUGAAUCUUGUCGACUCGCCGGGGCACAUCGACUUCUCCUGCGAGGUGUCCACGGCGAUGCGGCUGUGUGACGGGGCGGUGGUGAUUGUGGAUGUGGUGGACGGCGUCACGCAGCAGACCUCCUCCAUCCUGCGCCACACCUAUCGUGAAGGGCUGUCGAUGUGCCUCGUGUUGAACAAGAUCGACCUGCUCGUGACAACGCAGCAGUACUCGGCGGAGGAGGCGUACGUGCGGCUGCGCGGCAUCAUUGAGAUCUGCAACGCGCUACUGGCCUCGUACGCGACGCAGAUGAAGAUCCAAGGGCAAGACCAGGACAUGCAGCGCGAGGACCCCAGCGACGACGUGUGGUUUGACCCGUCGAAGGGCAACGUGCUCUUCUGCAGCUGCUGCGAUGGCUGGGCCGUCGGCAUUGACUUCUUCACGAAGCUGUACAAAGACAAGGUGCCCGUCGACAACCUCGCCGACGCGCUGUGGGGCGAGCACUACUUCGAUCCCAAGACGAAGACCGUCGGCCCACACCCAAAGAAAGCCGGCCAGCUACCGCUCUGUGUGCAGUUGGUGCUGGAGCCCGUCUGGCAGCUCUACGACGCGUUCGUGGGCGACAACGCAAGCGAGGAACGCCAGAAGCAGCUGUCGGAGAAGCUGAGAAUUCCAGAGAGCCGGUGGAACAACCCGCGGCGCGACCCGCGUGGCAAACUGAAGGCACUGCUCUCCACCUGGAUGCCGCUCGCGAGCUGCGUGCUCGACACCAUCUGCCGGAAGCUCGACUCCCCCGUCACAUCGCAGCGCCGCCGCCUGCCCUCGCUCGUCCCGAGCUUCGAGACCGACACACCCGCUCCUUUGAGGAACGCCCUCAUGGACUGCGACCCGUCGCCGGAAGCCCCUUGCGUCGUGUACGUGUGCAAGCUGAUCGACACGCAGUACCUCGUCGGUCGUGUGGUGGGCGGGGUGGAGAACCAGGACGACGCUUUCAUCGGCUUCGGCCGCGUCUACAGCGGACGGCUGCGGGCGGGUCGGCGCGUCUUCGUGCACAGCGACGGUGCAGUGGUGGAGGCGGCCGUGGGGCACGUGUUUCUCUUCCGCGGUGCGGGGAUCGAGGAGACGCCGGAGGUGGGUGCGGGCUGCCUGUGCGGCAUCGGUGGGCUGACGCCAUACAUCACCAAGUACGCCACCAUCAGCAGCGAGCCGAACAUGCCGCCUUUCAGGCCGUUGGUGCUGCAGAGCACCUCGAUUGUGCGCCUCUCCGUCUUUCCGAAGGACCCAAAGAACCUGCAGGAGCUGGAGCAGGGCCUGCGCCUGCUGUACAAGGUGGACCCGCAGGUCGAAGUGAGUAUGCUGCCGACAGGCGAGCAUGUGAUCGGCACCGCGGGCGAAGUGCACGCGGAGCGGUGUAUCAAGGACCUCGUUGACACCUUCGCCCAGGUCGAGGUCGUCGCCUCCGAGCCCAUUGUGUCGUUCCGUGAGACGAUCGUCGGCCACGUCGGCGCGAAGCCGAAGCCGCACACCGCUGCGUUGAUGGACGACGCCUUCACCAUCACGCUGCAGGCCCGCCCUCUGCCGGGGGAGGUGAUGGAGCUGCUGAAGGACGACGAGAAGAAUAGCGGCAACAACGCCCAACUCGCCAAGCAGGCGCUGGCCGCCCUGGCGGAGCACAAGAAGUUUGCGGCGGACAUGACGAACGGCGCCGUAUCGCACGGGCCGGUGCGACUGGGCUUCUUUGGUGCGGUGCUGCUGGCGAACUUCGAGGGCAGCGCGGACGCGGCGCGGUGCUGGGCGAUGCUGUGGGAGUGGAAGGAGUCCAUCGUGGCCGGGUUCCAGGCCGCGUGUGAGAGCGGCCCGAUGGCGCAGGAGCCCCUGCACGGGCUGGCCUUCGUCGUCACGGAUUUGUCCGUCGACGCCGACGCUGGCAUCUCGGGUGGGAUGGUGCUGCCGUGUGUGCGGGAUGCCUGUCGUGCCACGAUGGAGUUGUACCCUCGUCGCCUCGUCGAGCCUGUAUACGAGUGUACGGUCUACUCAUCUGGCAUGACGCAGGGCAAAAUUUACGCCUCCCUCAGCCGGCGACGCUCGGACAUUAUCGAGGAGGUGCCGAACGAGGGCAGCGACCUCUUCUACAUCCGCUGCUGGCUGCCCGCGGUGGAGGCCUUUGGCCUGCAGGAUGAGUUGCGCGUGCAGACCCAAGGUGCGUCGACCGCGCAGCUGCAGAUGAGUCACUGGGAGGUGAUUGACGCAGACCCCUACUUUGUGCCCACGACGAAGGAGGAGCUGGAGGAGCACGGGGCGGAGAUGGCCACCAAGAACAUCGCCGGGCAGCUGCUCGAGCGCAUCAAGCGCCGCAAGGGCCUCUACCGCGAGCGCGUGGUGGAGAGCGCGGAGAAGCAGAAAUUCUCCCUGAAGGGGGCGUGA